UACGUUAGCUCACGCCAUACGGCUUCGCAGAGACGCUGAUGCCGGAGGAGCACAGACCAAGGUUGUCCUGGCGGCAGUUGUAGGCAUCGUUGUCACCAUAGUAAUAAUCAUUGUCCUGCUGAUUCCCAAGGGUUCAGCAACUGGAACAACAACACCAAAAGUAGAAGAGGCAGCCUCAAACAAGACCGGAAAUUCUACAGUUGCACCAAGUUCCACCAAGGCAACUCCUGCGCCAGAUGGUAAGCCAGAUAGUCAUCCUGGUCAACCUGAGACACCUGAUACACCUGAUCAACCUGUAACGAAGGAGACAAUACCUAAGGAUUUCGUGGCUUGCGUAUCCAAGGAGUGUACGGAUACAGGAAAACUGACAGAUUGCACAGAUAUCAUCGUUAUGAAUGACGAUCCAGAUAUCAGCACCUUCAAAGCCAACAAAGCAACAGACAAACGGCACUACAUAGGGUUCGAGUUCAAGGUCCUGAAAAAAAUGCAACCAAAUGAUCUGACUUCUACGCUGCAAGGCUCGUUAACUAACGGUUACGCUGUUCUGGGUGUUGACCCCUCUGAAGGAGAUGUGGAAUCAACUCUGAAGAAACUCGACGCUAAGAAAUUGCUGAUCGUGAGUAUCCCAUACGUCAAAGAUAUUGAAAAAAGCCAGGACAAGAUAACAGCACUGAAGGCUGACCUCAUUGUACUUGAAACUCACAUGAAAAAGCCAACAGGCGAUGGCCCUCUAGCUCCAUCAGUGUGGGUCACAGCUCCUACUGGUGUUUCUGCCACUGCUACUUUUGCUGACGUCAAAGCAACUCUACAGAAGCUACAGGACGGGAAAGUGCAUUUCUCCAUUUCUGCCUCCGUAGCGGUGUUCGAGUACACAAGUACUGUUGCCGUAGACGCCGCUAAUUUGUUCACCCAAACGAUGACAGGCAGCGAAGGACAAGCGUUGUUCGAAGAGACUGGGUGCGAACAAAGAAUUGAGGAAACUAAUCACAACAUCGCUGUGGUGGAAGAUAAAACAAAGAUGAAGCUGCAGGUGUACGAGAAUGAUGCAACUCUGAAGGCAAAGGUUGACGCCGCUACAGCCACACCAACGGACGUCCCAGGAUGGACACUAUUUGAUGUAAUGUGUAAGAAAUCACCCACCCCAUCUGAAUGCCCCAUGAGAUAUGAGAACCCGGUCGACGUAAUAAAGACCAAAGAUGACUGGACGAAGACACCAUCCGGCGGUACACCAACGGUCGUCGAAGCACCGAAUAUUCCCAUAUUCUGCGUGGUUAAGCCGGACACAUCGUGUACAGCGACAACUGCAAUGUCUUUCAGCAACUGCGAUGGUGUCAUGUACUACGAUCCCGCAUGGGAUAUGGCAAGCGAUCCUACAGAUGCCCUGUACGCAGCCGUGCACACAAAGGCGGCUAAUGACGACAAGUAUUACAUCGGCGUCAGUUACGGAAAACUUGACCUGGACAAAAUACCUGUGGAUUUCAAAAGUAUUGCGUUGAUGGAUAUCGAUUCCGAAACAACUACCGCAACCGAUGUGAACACGAAGCUGACCGAUGCUAAGGUGCAAAGUCUGAAACGUGCUGUGGGGAUCAUUGGCGAAAAAGAACUUGAUAAAUGGAUGGCUGAUACCGAAAAAGGUGUCUAUAUCAUUCUUCAGACCAUUACCAAACCCCCGACCACGCCCUGUCAAGUUAUGCCUACAUCUCCGUGGAAAGCAGAUUUGACAAAAGCAGCUGCGACGAUAACGAGCCGGAAAGGCGUUGCUCUGUCGCUCACUCUAGAAGGGAUAACUUACACUAUUACAACGCCUAGCGCGACUGAUGCUGCAGCAGUAGCAGAUGAAGUGCUGAACUCCGCAACUUUAACUGCCUGUACAGCUGCAGUAGACGCUGAUAUGUCAAACAAUUGCGCGAGCUCCGCCGACAACACUGACAAGGAUAAUUCAGUUUCCCUGGAUACAGCUAAAACGGCGGCAACCGUAUUCGAGAGCAAAGACAGCAUCACGGCCAAAAAAACCAUUUGGAAAACGCCUUGGGCUGUGUUUUGGACAGCAUGCAAAGCCCGUAGCACGGAUUGUCAAGCAGUGGAUGACUUAGUCAAAGUAUUGAAAUAAAAAAAAAAAAACUUCA